AUGCUACCUGUCUCUCGACCGGAGGGUCACAUGAACCUCAAUUAUAUCCCAACCUCCCAACCGAUGUCUGGAACUUCUACGGGGCGCAGUUCCCCUAGCGACUUGUCCGCAUCUGCCGCUGUCAAAUCUGCAUUUGGGGCUGCAAAUGGUCUUGGUAGCGCAGGGGGAUCAAUUGGAGGCGCAAGGCUAGGGGCUGGAUCCCCUUCUCACGAGCUUGGCGCUCGCUUAUACUCGAAACGUGCGCGAGAAAUUCAAGCGGAAGAAGGCGUUUCGCCGAGUAUUUGGGGCCCCCCUACUAGUGGCCACUCCACCCCGUUGCGCGAAAAUAUCCCCGAGUCUCCUAGCCAGGAAGGGUUUCCUGACUUGAUACCUACGACUACCGGAUCGAUUAAUGGUCCCUCCAGGCGUGCCAGAGCUGGCACAGUUCCUUCGCGUUUUUCGCCUGUUGGCGUUUUGAACGAAGCAAACCUUCAACAAACAUUCGUAUCUCAAACCUCUCGGCCUACACCAUCCACAAGCCCCUUCCGUCCUCCCGGCGUGUCUGGCAUCGACGCAGGCGCAAGGGCCGCAACUACUGUCGGUGCAAGCAAUCCAGGCACCCUCUCGCGUCUCCGAGCUGGCUCAAUGCCGCAGAGGACAAAUUACCUUGCAUCAUCCAGUCCUUUUGGGCCUUCUUUGUUCUCCACGAACUGGUCGAGUGCGCGUGAUCGAGCGACCACUCUGACGAGUAUCCGGUCUUCGGAGGGUCCUGCAUCACCCAGCCAAUCCUCAUUUUCGAGAGACGGUCUCGCGGAUACCGAUGUGAAGACUUUGGACUACUUGGGACUCGCGGAGACCCCCCAACAAGCACGAGCCAACCUUGUAAGGCCCUCUGUCGAUGUUCUCCUGCAGCAACAAGAACAACAGCAACAGGCAUCUGCGUUGCCGCCACUGCUUGCUGAACUGGCUAUGAUGAAAAAUAACAACCGAUUCCGGUCUUAUUCUGUCAAUGCCAAGGAGAAAUACGCAGACGAUGAGGAUCUUGAGUAUGCCACUCGCUAUUCUCAAAUCCCCUCUGGCACCGUGACCCCUUCUGCCGCAGCGACAGCUGCUCAACUGGCUGCGACCCAGGCCCAGAUUCAUCAACAUAAUCUCGCUGUGCAAGCAUUCGCCAACCAUGCCUCGGUCAACCGACCGCGAGCAAGAACGGCCGGUGUGUUAGAAGCUCCUCCCCAGAGAUCUUCAAUUCGCAACUAUCUUGCCACUCCGUCUCGCCUCGAGAACAGCUUCAGCGCCGCCGAUCUUCAUAUCGCCGAGACCGGUGAAUACGAUGAGCUAUCCGAAGCCGUACAGAUGAUGAAUCUUGGAGGUAAUGGUGGCCAAAAUUUGGGUCUUCGCGCGAGUGGAGAGACCACUGAUGAAAGCAACCAAGAUGGGCCCACGCGAGCCUUGUGGAUUGGCAGUAUCCCAGUUUCCACGACUGUCACCUCGCUGGAGGCGAUCUUUGGCAUGUAUGGCAAGAUAGAGUCUACUCGUGUUCUGACGCACAAGAACUGCGGCUUUGUCAACUUUGAACGCCUGGAAAGUGCCGUGCAAGCCAAAUCGUUGCUUAACGGCAAGGAGAUCUUUCCAGGGGCAGGCCCCGUUCGGAUCGGCUAUGCCAAAGUUCCUGGCAGCUCUGCAUCUGGCACCCCUGGAGCUAACGGCGUGCAAUCUUCACCCACUCCUGAUCCAAAUUUCAAGUCUGGUGUUUCCGACGGCCUGGACAAGUCUGACGCUCUGGGCACGUCUGCGCCCCAAAUUCCUGCCCUACGCGACCUUCAACUGGAAAUGAUCCAGAUAGUCAAGGAGUUUGGCGCUGCCGAUGAUGAUACACUCAACAUCACUGCUGCUAUUCAGCGAGCCAUCGCAUAUCAAGCUUUUGAAGACGAGAUCCCCCCUAUUCCUGAACCCAGCCAGACCAGGAUGUUUGAUGCUCCACGUCUUCGAGACAUCCGCAAGAGGAUCGACAACGGCGCUUGUUCAAUUCAGGAGAUUGAGGAAACCGCAGUCGCAAUGCUCCCGGAGAUUGCGGAACUGUCUUCCGAUUAUCUGGGCAAUACUGUUGUCCAGAAACUCUUUGAGUUCUGCUCAGAGCAGACUAAAGAACAGAUGCUCGUUCCCAUUGCUCCUCAUUUCGCUGAGAUAGGUGUUCACAAGAAUGGUACCUGGGCUGCUCAGAAGAUCAUCGAUGUCGCCAAGACACCCACGCAGAUGAACAUGAUUGUUGAUGCUCUUCGCCCCUACACAGUGCCGCUUUUCCUUGACCAAUACGGCAAUUACGUCUUACAAUGUUGCCUACGUUUCGGCGCUCCGUACAAUGACUUCAUUUUCGAGACCAUGCUAAGCCGUAUGUGGGAGAUCGCUCAGGGACGCUUCGGCGCUCGAGCCAUGCGAGCCUGUCUCGAAAGCCACCACGCCUCAAAAGAACAGCAACGGAUGCUUGCGGCUGCCAUUGCCCUUCAGAGCGUACAGCUCGCGACAAAUGCAAACGGCGCCUUGCUGCUAACUUGGUUCCUGGACACCUGCACGUUCCCUCGUCGCCGUACCGUACUUGCUCCACGACUUGUUCCUCAUCUGGUCCAUUUGUGCACUCACAAGGUCGCUUACCUGACCGUGCUCAAAGUGAUUAAUCAGCGCAACGAGCCCGAGGCUCGCGAAAUCGUUUUAAGGGCAUUGUUCUUCAGCCCUGGGGACGAGGUCUUGGAGAAGAUCUUGAGUGACCAGACUUCUGGAGCCACACUGAUCUUCAAAGUCUUGACCACGCCUUUCUUCGACGAGUCAAUGCGCGCGGAUGUCGUGAAGAAUGUGGCAAAGGUGCUCACAAAAUUGAAGGCGACUCCCAACCAAGGCUACAAGCGCCUCAUGGAUGAGGUUGGACUGUCUUCACGUGGAGGCGCUCGGGACAAUCAUCACGGGCGUGAACAUUCAGGUCAUUCUGAAAAUAAGCAGCAUCGUCCCACUUCUCGGCAAGCGCAAUCGACCAUGGAUAGGCAGUAUAAUGGACAGUUCGCGCCCGGUCUUCUUGCUCAAAACAUGGACAACACAAGAUCCAUUUCUGAGCAGCAACCAAGCGCUACGCCAUUCGACCCUUACUCGAUCAAUGCUGUCAAUGGCAUGAGCCCCGCAGGUGCAGUCAACUCUCUCAAUGGACUUGCUGGUAUGAACGGUGCUGGGUUUGUCCAGGAUCCCCUGAUGCCCCUCACUCAGCAACAGCUGCAGUAUCAAGCUUACCUAGCCGCCCAAUCUCGGGGCGUCUCGCCCGGUGGUCUUUAUCCUGCUCUGGGUAACCCCAGCUUUGGCUACCCAGCCGGAACACCGUCCGUGGAUGGUCUUCGGCAGUCUGUUCCUAUGCCUGGAACACCCGCUCAGUUGCUGAACCAGCAGGCCUUUGCUCCUCAACAGUUCAGCCCUGUCAUGGGCACGCCCCAGAUGUAUCAGUAUCCUCCUCAAUUCUAUUCGCAAACACCUCAGGCCCCUGGACAGUCGGCUGGGGGACGUCGCGGACGUACCGAGGUCAUUGAGCCUCUGGUUCGGGGGGCUUUGCAGGAGAUUAGCGGGGCCCACUCGGACACUGCAGACUGGUGUCGCGUGAGAAAGGUCCGAGAUGAAGAGACUCAGCUGAAGAGAAAACGAGACGGACCUUGGAGCAGAACGUCAUCGUGCGAGGAUGGGUGCUCAGCGGACGAUGCGCUGGGUGUGUCUGCUCCUACCAGCCCGCCGGUUAUCCUGUCGCCGGGAUUGAAUAUGUUCGAAUCCAUGUCGGAACUUUGCAACGUCGUGGUUAGGAAUACGUCUUCGACGCAAGCGUUGCUGGAUGUCCGCUGCAAGGUGGAGGCCGAACCCGAGCACUGCGAUGUAACGACGGCGCGUCGGCAUGUCUUCUUCGUGCCGCCAUUGUCUACGUUCUUGCUGUGCUCGCUGCCGUUAUCAGCAGAGGAGGAGGCGAGCAAGGGCCCUAUUCCGGGUCUAUCUCCGGACCGCAAAUUCAACUUGAUCCUCCUCGACCCGCCAUGGUCGAACCGCUCCGUUCGUCGCAGCGGUCAUUAUCAGACACAGGCAUAUUCUGUCAUGGGCUUACUGUCUAAGCCCAUAGGGGAUAUUCUGAAGAUCCAUCUAUCGGAUAACCCGGAGCGGCUAUCCAUCGCGGCGAUCUGGAUAACUAACGCGCCAAAGGCACGUAGAGCUGCAUACGAUGCCAUCAAGGGAGCAGGGUUGUCCGUGCACGAAGAAUGGGUGUGGAUCAAGACGACGACGAAGGGCGAGCCGAUCACGCCGCUGGACGGGCUAUGGCGGAAGCCGUAUGAGAUCCUUGUUAUUGGAAGGAGAGUGGAUCGGCCGUCUGAUGCCGCUGAUGCUAUUACGCGAAGGGUCAUCGCCGGCGUCCCGGAUGUGCAUUCUCGAAAGCCAAAUCUCAAGGAGAUUUUUGAGCAGGUAUUCUUCACGAGGUCAGCGGCUGGCCCGACGACGGGCGAUACUUGCGUGGCGUACUCUGCGUUAGAAGUAUUCGCGCGUAAUUUGACUGCCGGUUGGUGGGCCUGUGGGAAUGAAGCUUUGAAUUUCAAUUCAGGAGACUGGUGGGUUGAAGCCUAA